UCAUGUUAUAAUGGUAUUAUCUUCUGUUAUGAAUUUCUAACGUUAUUCGUUGCUUCUGUACAUUCUGUGACCGCAGCACUACUACUGCAAAUGCCAUAAGAAGAUGAUUGGUUUUCAUAAAGGUCAUUGCGCGUUGGGAGUUCUUUCUAUCACACUUGCUUGGACUUGUAUGUGGUUCUGGUUAAACUGAUCGUUGAUGGCUGUUUCUGCUCGGAUUUACUGUCCACCGGCUGAUCAAGGGGGAUCGAUCCGCCUGAUUCACCCUUUCCAGCAUCUACAGGAAAGAGGACGACCUCGGGACGCGAGAGUGGCUGGUGGUUUUGGACCUGGACUGUUGUGAAGAUUCGGCUUUCAUAUCUGGACCUGGAUUAUAAAGCCCGUUCCCUGGAAAUCGUCCGCGUCUUGUGUCCUAUAUGCCUGCGUGAGGGUUUCGCAGGCAGGGAUGCAGUUGAAUCGACCCAAGAGCGCGCAUCUCAUCAGCUCCAGUCCGCACAAUUCAUCCUCCUAUUCCAGCCAGUUCAAAAGCAUGCGCUUCUCAUACCACAUCAGCAGCGGUUUACCCAGUCCACAGCCUGCCCUGCGCAGAUCAGGCCUGUCCACCACCAGUCCACGGCUUCUAACCAAGAGUCUGUCCCUUGAGCCAGGCCCCUGCCUCGGAGCCCACGAGACCCCACAGCGACUCUGCUCUGACCCUGGACCCCUGGAAGCACAGCACUGCAAUGGCACAAGUGAGAACGGACCUCAGGACGUCCCGCCUCCACCCCCUAAAACACGCCCACCUUUACCUGGGCCAAAGCCUCAAGUGCCCCCGAAACCCCCGUCCUCUCGCUCAUCGAGAAGUUUGAGAGAGAAUAUAGCUGACGAGGAUCGGGUCGGUCACGAGAGGGAGAUUUGCCCCUGCAGUCCAGGGCCCGGGCUUCCUUGCGGCUAUGCCGAGGGGCCCGAAGGAGAGGGGGCCAGCGGUGUGGAGGGCGGCAGAGAUUCCGAGGGAGACAGUGAUAUGGAGGAGGGCAGCGGGGAUGAGAGUGAGAUGAACCCCAUGGCCCUUCAACCUCUGCCUAAAGCUGAACGACAGGACUCCACUGAGCUGUCAGUCCAGCAGCGGGUGUUUAACAUUGCUAAUGAGCUGCUGCAUACAGAGAAGGCUUACGUGUCCAGACUGCACCUCCUGGACCAGGUGUUCUGCGCCCAGCUGAUGGAGGAGGCCCGAGCUCGCAACUCCUUCCCCUGUGAGGUGGUCAUGGGCAUCUUCUCCAACAUCUGCUCCAUCUACUGCUUCCACCAGCAGUUCCUGCUGCCCGCGCUGGAGAAACGCAUGGAGGAAUGGGAUCUGAACCCCCGCAUCGGGGACAUCCUGCAGAAACUGGCGCCUUUCCUGAAGAUGUACGGCGAGUACGUGAAAAAUUUUGACCGGGCCAUGGAGCUGGUGAACACCUGGAUGCAGCGCUCCUCUCAGUUCAAAGCCAUCAUUCACAACAUCCAGAAAGAGGAGAUGUGUGGGAAUCUUACCCUACAGCACCACAUGUUGGAGCCUGUGCAGAGGAUCCCUCGCUACGAGCUCCUGCUCAAAGACUAUCUGCACCGCCUGCCAGAGGACGCGGACGACUUCAAAGACGCUCAGAAAUCUCUGGAGCUGAUCGCCACAGCGGCAGAACAUUCAAACGCUGCCAUCAGGAAAAUGGAGCGCAUGAGAAAGCUGUUGAAAGUGUACGAGUUGCUCGGUGGAGAAGAGGACAUUGUUAACCCGACUAAUGAGCUCAUUAAAGAGGGACACAUCCUGAAACUGUCAGCUAAAAACGGGACAUCACAGGAUAGAUACCUCAUUCUGUUCAAUGACAGGCUGUUGUACUGCGUUCCCAAACUGAGGCUGAUUGGACAGAAGUUUGGAGUGCGAGCGCGGAUUGACGUUGACGGCAUGGAGCUGAAGGAGACCAGCAGCAUGAACGUACCGCGAACAUUUCUGGUGUCGGGAAAACAACGUUCACUAGAACUGCAAGCAAGGACGGAAGAGGAGAAGAGAGACUGGAUUCAGGCGAUCCAGGCCACUAUACAGAGACAUGAACAGACGCUGGAGACCUUCCGCAUGCUCAACUGCUCGUUUCGGGAGGAGGACUUCACUCCUCCAAACUCUCCGAAUUGCACAGAGCUUGGAAAGCGAGCGCCCACUCCAAUCCGGGAGAAAGAGGUCACGCUGUGCAUGAAGUGUCAGGAGCCUUUCAACUCUAUUACCAAAAGACGGCAUCACUGCAAAGCCUGUGGACAUGUGGUGUGUGGGAAGUGUUCGGAGUUCCGUGCCCGUCUGUUGUACGAUAACAACCGAGCCAACCGCGUGUGUAUAGACUGCUACACCACGCUAGAUGUCAAAGCCCAGCGCAGUAUUCCCCUCAUCGGCUUCGAGGUGUCCUUACCCGAAUCAAGUGACCGUCUAGAACGCCGCAAUGCCUUCAAAAUGAGCCAGAGUCAUUUGACCGUUUACUUCAGUGCCGACUGUGAGGAACUGCAGCGACGUUGGAUGGAGGUCUUAUCGAGAGCCGGCAGGGGUGAGGAGCUGCAGUCAAACGGGCCGAUAUCCGAGGCCCUCGAGGAAGAAGGGGAGGAGCCAGUACCUACGGGAGAAAGCACAUGA